AUGAACCACAACGACUCGAGCAUUGACCAAUUACUAGAGAAUGUCUAUAAGAAAUUGAAACUGAAGAGGUAUUUGAUAGUUUUGGACGAUAUAUGGAGUAUAGAAGCCUGGGACCUAGUUAGAAGAUCAUUUCCCGAUGAUGAAAAUGGAAGUCGAAUCAUGAUCACUACUAGGCUCUUAGAAGUUGCUGAUUAUGCUAGUAAUGACUGCCUUCCUCAUCCCAUACCUUUCCUUAAUGUUGAAGAUAGUUGGAAAUUACUAUGUAACAAGGUAUUUGUAAAGGAAGAUUGCCCUCCUCAACUGGAGGAAAUAGGGAAGAAAAUGGCAGAACAAUGUCGAGGAUUACCUCUCUCAGUUGUUGUCAUUGCUGGUGUUCUCUCUAAUAUCAAUAGGACAUGUGAUGACUGGAAAAAAGUUGCUGAAAAUGUGAAUUCAAAUAUAGGCUCAACCUCCGAGCAGUGUUUAGAGAUAUUGGCUUUGAGUUACAACUACUUGCCCUGUAACUUAAAAGCUUGCUUUCAUUACAUUGGUGUUUUCCUCAAAAAUACAGAAAUUCCUGCAGAUAGGUUGAUUAAAAUUUGGGUUGCUGAAGGUUUUUUGAAGACAAAUAUUCAUAAAAAGCCAGAACAAGUGGCAGAAGAGUGUUUGGAAGAUCUAGUUGGCAGAAGUUUGAUUAUGGUUAGUAGAAGACGAGCUACUGGCAAAAUCAGAACCUGCAGAAUUCAUGACCUCCUUCGACUAUUAUGCUUGAGAGAAGGAAAAACUGAGAAGUUUUUUCAUGUCAUAAAUAAAUGCGAUGACGUCUCCUCAGAGGGAAUGGAAUUUCAACGCCGAUUAUGCUUGUAUCGAGAAGCUUUACAAAACAAAAAUCUCAGUCUAGAGAAAGGUAAUUUUGAUUCAAUUCAUACCAUUUUGUGCCUUGAUGAACGCCAUGUUUUCUUAGAGGAGUCUCUACGUUACAAAACAAUCAGUUGUUGCUUUCAACUGCUAAGGGUAUUAGAUGUACAAAUUAUUUACUUCUCAAAAUUUCCCCAUGAGAUAACACAAUUAGUACACUUGAGAUAUCUUGCCUGUACCACUUGUACAGCAGUUCCUGCAUCAAUAUCCAAUCUACUGAAUCUACAAACAUUAAUUGUUAUCUCAUUUGCAUCUCAAAUAUCCCUGCCAUUGGACAUUUGGAACCUGCCAAAUUUGAGACAUUUGUGUCCUGGGGGAAUGUAUAUGCCUGUUCCUCCAAAAUCACAAAAUCUCUUAUGUUUAGAGAACUUGCAAACACUGGAUUCAAUAUCUGUUGCUGCUUCUAAUUGGAAGGAGAUUUUUACAGCUAUCCCUAAAGUAAAGAAGUUAGUUGUUUGCUUACAACCAUGGCGUAGUGUAACGUCUAAUCUUAUUGACAGUCUCAUCCGUCUUGUUGAUCUCGAGAAGCUAAGAAUUCAUCUAGAUAUUUCGCCUUUAUGA